UCAGCUAAAGCAAGUAAUUUAGUUGGCACAUAAGCAGCUUGAUCAGUCCCAUUCCAACACCCAACGAUCAACAAUGAAGUUCUGGCUGGGAAUUACUUUGGCUCUUUUGGCUUUAGCUCAAAGCAAUGGAAGUAUCUUUGAGAGGACCUUCAAGCGUCUUCACGAAGAGCCCGAACAGCCUGCCACUCAGAACCGAGCUGAUAUAGUGCAGACCCUGUGGAUUGAGCAGAAACUGGAUCACUUUGAUGCCUCAGAGACACGCACUUGGCAAAUGCGUUAUAUGCUCAAUGAUGCUCUUUAUAAAUCUGGUGGACCUCUAUUUAUUUAUCUGGGCGGAGAAUGGGAGAUCUCUUCGGGAAGAAUAACCGGUGGCCACAUUUAUGACAUGGCUAAGGAGCACAAUGGUCUUUUGGCCUACACAGAACAUCGCUAUUACGGACAGAGCAAACCCCUUCCUGAUCUUUCCAAUGAGAACAUCAAGUAUCUUACUGUUAAUCAGUCCUUGGCUGAUCUUGCUUACUUUAUCGAUACCAUCAAAUCGACCCAUGAAGGUCUUGCCGACUCCAAGGUCAUAAUUGUGGGUGGCUCCUACUCUGCUACCAUGGUAACCUGGUUCAAGAAGGUCUACCCCGACAAGGUGGCCGGCGGUUGGGCCUCCAGUGCGCCACUCUUGGCCAAGCUCAACUUUGUUGAGUACAAGGAAGUCACUGGACAAUCCAUCGAACAGAUGGGUGGUUCUGAUUGUUAUAAACGUAUUGAGAAUGGCAUUGCCGAGAUGGAAACCAUGUUUGCAACCAAACGAGGCGCUGAGGUUAAGUCCCUGCUCAAGCUCUGCGAACCCUUUGAUGUCUAUAGCGAUCUUGAUAUCUGGACCUUGUUCAGCGAGAUUUCCGACAUCUUUGCGGGAGUGGUGCAGACUCAUAAUGCUGGUCAAAUCGAAGGUGUUUGCCAGAAGAUUAUGUCAGGAUCGAAUGAUCUCACAGGCGUUGCCGGCUAUUUGUUAGAUGUUUUCGAUGAGAGCGGUGCAAAGUGCUACGACCUGAGCUAUGAUGCUAUCAUUGGAGUGCUUCUUAACACCGCCUACACGGGCAAUAUCAUGCGCCAGUGGAUUUUCCAGACUUGCAAUGAGUUCGGUUGGUACCAGACAUCUGGUUCCAGCGCCCAGCCUUUUGGCACCAAGUUCCCUGUCACCUUGUACACCACCAUGUGUGCUGAUAUUUAUGGCUCUCAGUAUAGCAACGCGUUUACCACCAACCAGAUCAGCACCACCAAUGCGUACUUUGGUGGAUUGUCUCCGGGUGUGGAAAAUGUUUACCUAACCCAUGGACAAUUGGAUCCCUGGAGGGCCAUGGGAAUUCAGGAUGCAGAUCAGGCAACCGUCAUUCCAGAGUAUGCUCACUGCAAGGACUUCAAUUCGAUCAGCUCCAGUGACACGGCUGAGAUGAAGGCCUCAAAGGAACGCAUUGCCGAAUUGGUUCGCGAAUGGGUUAAAUAACCUGAGAUAAUCGAUUUGUUAAUGGGAAAUUCUGUUAAUAUGUACACUUCCUACAUACUGCUUAUAUACAUUGACUAAAGCGAGAUAAUCGACGAUAAGAUUUAAACGAAAAUCUAAUCAAUAUGUGUUACAAUUCAACCGAUUAGUGAUUGUUUGUUUCGAUAUGUCAAGAAUUGGCACACACCUUUUUUUCUUAGAAAUAAAUAUUUAAUGAAGACAGAA